UAAAGUUGGGAGACACACAACUUUAACAGUUUAACAAAAGUAAUUUAUUUAACAAUAAAUGAAUAAAAUGCUUAACUGAACAUGAACAAGGAGUGGAGUGUGGGUAUCAGUGGAAUCAGCAGUGUAAGGUGUGCAGGAGUGAUGGAAUAGUGUGUGGAUGCUGUAAGGUGCAUAAGAGAACAAAAGAGGGACUAAAGUAAUGCUGCGGCCCUCACAUGACUGGCAGGAGAAAAGAGGGUGAAGGAAUGAGAAAACCAAGCCAGCAAAACCAAAGGGAAGGCAUGAGAAACAGGACGUCGUGUUCAUAGGCUGGAAACACCAGGCCCAGGUGUCACCAGGAGGUACUACUCAACAUCCUGGCCAACAAUGAAAUGCAAUGCAUAGAAAUACAAAGACACUACUGAAUAACAACAGCAGAGUCGUCACAUGUACAAGACUAAUAUCUUCUUUUGUCUUGUCAAUUCUUCUGCCACUCAGACGCCAACCUGUCAUUCAUUCAUUCUUUUCAACCAAUGGAGAGCCUUCUCACCAACAUCAGCUCCACCUCCACCACAGAGCCCCUCCUGUCCCUCUUGACCCCUGACCCAACUAACUGCAGUACCUGGGACCAGGAAUGGGGGGCACCAUACCUGCAUAGGUUAGCCCACCUGGAUGUGCAGCUAUACCAAGACUUCUACGCUGUUUGGGUCUCUCUCAUGGUGUGUAACUGUCUGAUGCUGGUGGUCGGUGUGAUCCUCAACAGUCUGGCUCUCUAUGUCUUCUGCGGGGCCUCCACCCACUCCUCAGCCUCUGUGGUUUACACCAUAAACCUUGCUGUAGCUGACCUGCUGGUGGCGCUGUCGUUGCCCGCUCGCAUAGCUCUGUACCACAGUGGAGGGAACUGUGUGGCCUGCUCCUACGUUCACACCUUCAGCUACUUUGUCAACAUGUACUGUAGUAUACUGUUUCUGACCAGUAUCUGUAUAGAUCGGUACCUCGCUGUCGUCCAUGCGUCCAGUACUCUCCAUCGAUGCAGGACCACAGGAACAGCCAGGUGUGUCAGCGCCACAGUUUGGUUCAUUGCAGUUGUGGUCACCUACUCUUUCCAGACCACAGCGUUGGAGUUCAGCUCCUCCUGUGCGUUCCUCCCUGCCCUCUUCUACCUCACGAUCCUGGAGUUCCUCCUCCCGCUGCUGGCCGUGGUGGGCUUCACUCUGCGCGUCGCCUGUUUUCUCUCCUCCAUCCACGGCCUGAUGCCCCAGCAGAGCAGGGCGAGGAAUGCACGGGCUGUCAGACUGCUGGCCACCGUCCUGGUGGUCUUCACUAUCUGCUUCACACCGUUCCACAUACGGCAGGUGCUGGUUUACUUCCGGGUCAAAGUCAGAGGGGAGGGGCUAGGGCAGGGGGCGGGGCAUGUACUUGCCUAUCACAUUACAGUUACUCUGAGCAGCCUAAACAGCUGCCUGGAUCCAGUGGUUUACUGCUUUGUGACGGACAGCUUCAAAAGAGUGUGGAGGACAAGGAGGAGGGGAGCGAGGGAGGGGGAUGGAGUGGCGGGGCACACAAGUGGGGGAGAAGGGGAGAGGAGUUCAGUGAAUAAAUGUUCGGGUACGGUAGCACUGGCGAUAGCUCACAGCGUGGCCACACUCACCCUCACCAGCUCUCCACUCUCUGCAGCCAACGUGGAACAGUCCACUUAAAGACAGGUGACCCCCUCGAACUACCUGUGAAUGGGACAGUCCAGAGAGACACCUGGAGAGAAAGACUCACCAAAAGUGAUGGAUAAACAGAUGCAGAGAAAGAUUCAGAGGCUGGAAAAGAACAAAAAAAAUUAUCACAGAAAGAUGUCAAAAACAGAAAUGAAAAUAAACGCUGCAAAUUUCUCUUUAUGAUGAACAAAACAAACCACUUUUAAGGAUAAACAACACUUCAUUGGCUGACUCCCUCCGUCCAUCCUCAUCCCUUUAUCUCUCCACAUUCUCAACUUUUCGCCCCCCUGACCCUCUCACCCUUGCUUGGAUGUCGUCCUGAGACUGGUGAGAAGGAAUACUGGACCACAAAGGGAUACUGAUGAGCUUGUACUGUUCGAGGGACCACAUGCUAUGUUAAAUUGUGAUGUUGAAAACAGAAAAAAAAAUGCCCUUGAGACAAGAUUCAAGAAUAUUGAAAGAUCAUGAAUUAGUGAUCAUGAGUUGAGUUGAUAUUUGGUGUCUAGGCUCUGACCUUGUCAAAAUCGAAUGCAAUCCAAUACAACAGCUCAGCCAUAAAUUCUACCUUUCAAAAAUAAUAAUGUUCAGUUUGGAUUGACACUGUAAAAGAAUUUUUAAUUCAACUAUAUGUUUAUUUUUGAGGUUGUAGUUUGCAGUGGUGUUGAAUUUUUGUGCAUUAUAUUGACUAGUGUUUCUAAUGUUUUGCUGACUUCAUUUACAAACAUGUGGUGGGAAGAAUAUCAGAAACACAUUUCAACGUAAUCCAGUCCAGUUCAACACCACUGCAAACUACAACCUCAAUAAUAAGCAUGUAGUUGAAUUAACACCUCUCGGAAAGUUUUAACAAAAACUAGCCAUUAUAAGCUUUGUAAAGGUAUAUGUGGCUGUGUAUCUGUUGAACUGGACUGCAUUAGAUUUUAUAGGUGUACCUAAUAAAGUGGGCAGGAAGAUGUAGUGAGAAGUGUAUGCCAUGUGAGUGCAGCGGCAAACUUGACUGCUGAAUUGCAGUAGCUCACAUGGUUCUGAGUUUUGGUCAUGUGAAAGUAAAACUUUUCUUUGUAUAUUUAAUUUUUUUUUUACAUUUUAAUAAUUUAGGACAUAUUCACUGUAAAUAAAGCUGCAGCAUGUAACCAUAAAACUGCAAUGGUUCAAUUCCACCAAGUGACCUUUGUCUCUCUCUCCCUACGUUUCCUGUCUUUAUCUUUACUGUAACCCAUCUGUCCAAUAAAGGUGAAAAUGCAAAAAUGCAAAAUUGGUAUUUAGUUUCAUCAAGGCACUGUGGCCAAAUUACGACAUUUUAAAUGGAAACACUCCAUCGUGUGCUGUCUUAUUAUUUCUCUCUCUAUGUUUGACAAGUAUUGCUGUGUAAAGCCAAAGUGGAGGCUAAAAAGAUUCAGAAAAAAUGACGUCAACCACAUUAAAAUGCAGAAUGACAGAAAGAGUUAGAGAGCAAAACAAUGUGGCAGAGUCUUGAGUCAACACACUAAAUGAGCUAGAAGCAAAGCCCUCUUCAGAAGUAUAAACACUUCUAACAGUUAGUCUUUCAAGUACAUAGUGCAGCUCCCUUUAACGCCUUUGUUUAUCAUUUUACAAGUGUCUAAAUGGAGGAGUGUCGUCAGCACCACACAGAAAACUUACAUCGCUAAAACAGCAACUUUAAAGGAAAUUAUGAAAAAUAAAACCACUAAUUGAGUUUCAACAAACGUUCUAUUUUAUUUUUCUGACAUUUUAGAGCAUGUCGUCAUUGGUGUGGCUCAUAAAACAUCUGGGAGAGAUUGUCAGGAAGAGGAACAUACAAUACAUGAUACUGUAAUUGUUUAAUGUAAACAUUUGUGCUCGUUUAUUAUUUUAUUUACAUAAAUUUGGGAAAGCACUAAACUGAGUCAAAAGAAUGAAUAAACACAAACUACACAAACUACAGCCUUCUCCAACCAUUGUUUGUUCUUGGCUUUGCAGCAUUUCAUACUAAUUUAUUCUUUUUAACCAUUAUGGGAUUCAAAGAGACACAUCCUUGCUGUUAUUGCAUUCAGUGUCACUCUUACAUUUACAGUUAAAAUAUGUAUAGGUGUAACAGAAAGCCAGUAAAAAUCAGCUUGAGUCAGAUCUACAGUGGUCGUUUGAUUUGUUCCACCAGAGGACAGUGUCUCUCCACGGCAGCAGAUUGUGUUGUCUAGAACAGGGUGUUAUACUGGUGUACUGAUUCACAAUGAACCCCAACUGUAAAUGUAAUGAAAACAGACCGUGGUAACAAAUUAAAUAUAUACCUGAUAAUAAUUUGAUCAUUUUACUGUUCGGAAACAUAGCUGCUGCUCAUAUCAAGUAAAAAACUGUGCAUGUUGUUAUCUGUGAAACUCUAAAGCAGCAUGUGAACAACUUUUUGACUACUUACUCCAAAUGAUCCCAAAUUGCAGUCUACUAGUGCGUACUGGACCUUCUAUGAUUAAAAAAAAUAUAUAUCUGAGCCCGCACUGUGCUAGUCAACAUGUGUGUGAAAUCUGUAAUCGCCCAGUUCAUUCUUAAAUUACGGCUAAGAACCUAUUUUGAGGUCAAAAUGACCUUUGAUCUUUGAGUCAAAAGUAUCACCUAUUCAGUGCCCAACCAUCUGUGAAAUAUGGUCACAAUCUCCCCUUCUGUUCCUGAGUUAUGGUGUUGAAUAAUGGCCA